AUGGGUUACCAGCAGCCGCCUAACAUCGGGGUGCGGGAGAUGCUGGACAUGUACCAGUUCCCCGGAGACGACACGCCUUUCAUCAAGGGCUCGGCCAAAGAGGCCUUGAACGGAGACACUGGGGAGUACGGCGUCCCGGCCAUCAAGCAGCUCAUGGAUGCAGUGGACACCUUCUUUCCGGACCCAAAGAGGGAUGUGGACAAGCCCUUCCUCAUGGGCGUAGAGAGUGUGAUGAGCAUCACGGGUAAGGGGACAGUCGCCACGGGCCGCAUCGAGCGGGGCAUGGCCAAGAGCGGGGAAACCGUCGAGAUAGUCGGCAUCAAGGACAAGCCCUGA